AUGGCGAUCUUGCAAGCUGCUGACGCCGAUGUGAACUUGGAAGAUGUCGCUGCUGUUUUUCUUUUAGGUGAAAGUUCCAAUUCAACAAAUGAAUCAUAUUGCAGUAACAUAAUUGAAGAAUCUGAAUAUAAACCAAAUGUCCCUACAGAAUUUGUACCAGUUGUAAACAAUUACAAAGUUAAGAAAUUCUUUGAAAUGCACAACCACCCACUGGAAAGUAUUGAGGAAAGACCUUAUACGAAAAAGGCAAGAAAGAUGUCAUAUUAUGAAAAAGAGUUUAUAGUACGUGCAUCAAAAGCUAAAAUUGGUCCGACAAUGGCUCACAAAAUAAGAGCAGUUUUGAAAGGAGGAUAUGAAUAUGUAGGGGCGAAGGUAACAAACUACAAAAACUUGAGGAAAGGAGUAAGUAUAAUCUUAUGUUACAAGAAUGCUCAAAUAAUGAUAAACAAAAUGAAUGAUCGUAGAGACCAUUACCCAAAUUAUUCAUUUGAGUUCCUACGUGAUGGAGAUCUGUUGGCUGCUAUGUUUUGGGCAGAUGAAAGAGAAAAGGCUUUUUAUGCAGAGUAUAAAAUGGUAUUUGUACCAUUCACAGUAGUUGACCACAACAAGAAAUCAGUUACUGUUGGUGUUGGGUUGCUGAGUAGAAACACAAUUGAGUCGUAUGAAUGGCUGCUUAAAGCUUUUCUUAGAGCUCAUGAAGGGAAAGCACCAAAAGUUGUUCUAACUGAUCAAGAUGCAGCAAUAAAACAAGCAGUGGAAUCUAUGUUACCAAAUUCAAGAUACAGACUAUGCAUGUGGCACAUAAUGAAAAAACUGCAAGCAAAGAUUACUGGCGAUUUAUUUAAAAACAAAGACUUCAAGAAAAGAUUUAACAAGCUUGUUUGGAACAUGCGUAUCAAACCCGAUGAAUUUGAAAAGAAGUGGGAUUUGAUUAUUAAUGAAUUCAAUCUGGAAGAUAAAAGAUGGUUCAAUGAUAUGUUUGAAUUACGUGACAAAUGGAUACCUGCAUACUUCAGUGACACAAGAAUGUCUGGAUUGAUGAAAACCACUUCAAGAUCAGAAAGCAUGAAUUCCUUCUUCAACACUUACUCUCAAUCUGGAAAUUUACUUUUACAUUUCAUGAUGAACUAUGACACAACAAUUCAAAAACAGAGAAAUACACAACAACAGCUUGAUCAUCAAACAAAGAAGGCGAUGUAUAAAUUUAUUUCACCACGACCAAUAGAAAAACAUGUUGCAAAAGUUUAUACAAGUACAUUGUUUUAUGAAGUACAGAAAGAAAUCUAUAAAGGUUCCUGGUACUGCCAAUACGAACAUCUUGCAACAAAAAAUGAAUGGGAGUUAUACAAAGUGGAACAACUGAACAAAAACAGUGAUCUAAAAAUAGAAUUUGAGAAAACAGAAAGCAUGCUGAAGGAAUAUGAAAACGAUCCUACAAAUGAAUUGCAGAAAAAUAGGACAUAUGUUGAAGAGGUAGGAAAACUUAUGGGCAUAACUAUUCCAAAAGACAUUGACAUCAAUGUUCCAAAUGUUCAAAGCAAUAAAGGAUGUGGAAAGAAAAGUAGAAUUCAAAGUGCAGCAGAAAUAGUGUAUAAAAAUUCAAACAAACAAACAAGAAGAUGCUCAGGAUGUGGAGAAAGGGCUCCUCAUAACUUGCAGACAAGCCCAAUCAAACUUGCAACAUAA